AUGACAAUAAGAGUAAUAAAUUGCAGGAGCCCAAUGCCAAAAAAUUUAAAAAGUCCCAGCAAAAAACAGGCUUGGGAAUCUCAGUAUAAAUGGCUUAAACCUAUAGCAGGAAAUAGUUUUGCAGCAACCUGUACCACUUGCUGUGAUGCAUUAGCGAAAACAACCAAAACACAACCAAAAAUUAUUGACCUCGUGAAGGAGACUGUCCUCGAAAAGAAAAUAAAAAGAGCAGAGGUGUUAGUAUGUGCAUUUUUAGCAGAACACAAUGUUCCAUUUUUGGCGUGGGAUCACUUAAUACCAAUAUUACAAAAAUGUUUCUCAGAUUCGGCUAUAGCAAAAAGCAUGUCAGUAGCUCGUACAAAAGCUACUGGUAUUGUAAAGAAUUUCAUUGCAAGAAACGAAUUUGAAAAUUUGGUACAGGACCUUAAAACCAGUAAAUUUAGCCUUCUAGUUGACGAAUCAACUGAUGUAGGAACAACUAAAAAUAUGGCAGUGUGUGUGAGGUAUUAUUCAGAAGAGGAAAAAUCCAUAAACACCAAAUUCCUGACUCUAUUACAAGUUUUUUCCAAAAAUAACCAUCAAGAAACGUUUAAAGAGGUUAGUGUAAAUAUGGUUCUCGCCAAACAGCAGAGGUUGCACGUCAUUAAUGAUACUGAGCGCGUUUAUAAUAUAAUAUAUAUAUAA